UUCAUUUUCUCCUCCAAGAUUUAGUGCCUUAUUUUUGUUCUAAAUCAUGCAGCCUAGUGAAAUUUCAGGUCUGCAAUACAUAGUUCCUUCAAAUCCAUCCCCCUAUUCAGUACCGGCAUUCGAGUUGAGCCGGUUCUCGAAUCCCCUGCAUAAUCUCUAUAUCCCUCCUCAACUUCAAGAAAUCAUUAGUCCACAUCCAUCAUGUAUCAACAACAACUCAACCUCUGAUGAGGCAGAUGAGCAACAAUUCUGUGUGAUUAAUGAGAGAAAACAAAGGAGGAUGAUAUCGAACAGGGAGUCAGCGCGCCGGUCGCGUAUGCGCAAACAAAGGCACCUUGACGAGCUCUGGUCGCAGGUUGUUUGGUUGAGGAACGAGAACCACCAGCUUAUCGAUAAGUUGAACCAUGUGUCCGAGAGUCACGACAAGGUUGUUGAAGAAAAUGUUCAGCUGAAAGAGGAAGCCUCUCAACUACGUAGGAUGCUGUCUGAUAUGCAACUCACUAGCCCUUACUCACCUUUGACAGACCUGGAACAUGCUCUAGCUGACAACUGAGUCCUAAAACAUGUUCCAAUCCCAAAAUUUCAUCUAUUUUGCUUGGAUGAUUAAGACAGAGGCAAUCACCAUCCUAUUUUUAUUUACCAUUUUUCGAAUUUGGUUCUUCUGUUAGGUGUAUCAGUCUGUGUCUACUGCCACUGCCUUAGCUUUUAAUGAUGUACGAGAAUUUAAGGCCAUGGGAAUAACAUGUUUGAGCAUUUCAUUUUCAUUUAAA